AUGCAUUUCUCUGCUAUGAUUGUCUCGGCACUGGCCGCCGUUGCUCAGGCUCAGUCUGUCCAUGUGGUCUCCGUCGCAUCAAGCAACAACACCCUCAAGUUCUUCCCCGAUAAGCUCAACGCUCCCGUCGGCUCCAUGGUCCAGUUCCAGUUCCGCGGCGGCAACCACUCGGUCGUCCAGUCCACCUUUGACAACCCCUGCGUUCCCAUCUCCAGCAUGAACAGCUCCGCCCAGGGCCUCUUCUCCGGAUACCAGCCCGUCGCCGCCUCCGCCGCCAUGGGCCAGAUUCCCGUCUUCACUGUCCAGAUCACCAGCGCCAAGCCCAUGUGGCUGUACUGCUCCCAGGCCAAGCACUGCCAGAACGGCAUGGUUAUGGUCAUCAACGAGAACUCCAAGGCAAACUCCACCCGUACCCUUGAGAACUACGCCAAGGCCGCGAAGACUGUCACCCAGUCCCAGUCCCCCGCCGGUGGCUCUGCUGGUGGCUCUACUGGAGGCUCUACUGGAGGCUCCAAUGGAGGUUCCAAUGGAGGCUCCAAUGGAGGCUCUUCCGGCGGCAGCACCGGAGGUGGUUCUGCCUCUCCCUCUGGCAGUGUUGGCUCUGGCAGCGGCUCCGGCUCCGGCUCCGGUUCCGAGACCGGCAGCGCUGGUGGCUCCACCCCCACUACCCCCGUCCCUGCCGGCGCCGUCUCUCUCAGCGCACCCGCAUCUCUCCUGCUCGCCGUCGGUGCAGGCUUCCUGCUCUUGUAA